AUGCGCGGCUUUGGCGCAUCCCGACCACCCAAGCCACCUGCUGCGCAGCAGCGACUGUCUUCGCCCGGAUCAUCGCCUGCGCUGCAGCUGCGUGGGCGGAACUUGGCGCAGGCCAAAUGCGGUGGACCCAUUUCAGAGGACACCCAUGGCGCUUGGUCUCCCCACACCGUAGAGAUCCAGGCUGAAGAUGGCGAAGUCUUUGCCCUGCGGCCCUGUGGGGAGGUUUUAGCCCUGAAGCCCAAGGACACAGCCAGGCAGGCCCUGCCGCGGCUCGGGCUUGUCUUUUUAACGUCCCUGCAGGAAGUCCUUUUGGAACGUGAGAUGAAGACGGUGAAGACGGUGAAAGCGCCGGAUGCAGCUGGAAGGCACACCACGGAGACCACGAAGACUACGGAGACGGGAAAGGAGCUGCCAGAUCCCCCAACAGACCGUGCAGACGCCCGGGCACGCCCCAGUCCGGGGCGCCCGCGGAAGGCGGCUUGCGCUGGCAGCACCGACAUAGCAGCCGUACCAGAGGCACUUGCGGCAGCUGUAGCCCAGCUGGUGGAUGCAGCAAAUGUCGUGGCAGCUGCGGCGAGGAAGACAGACAAGACGCAGCCUCUCGAUGGUGAUGCCGAACGGCCCAAGUCUACGCCUUCAAAACCGCCCCUGAUGAGCGGGCCCAAGGUAGCAGCAUCGCCAGGGAAGGGGCCGUUGUCCAAGGGCCUGGCUGAGCCCAGGACUCCUGAAAGGUUGGCGCGCCGCAGCCAAAGCGCAGCACCUGCAGAAGCCCGAGGUGGGGCUCUCCGGGAAGCGCCUCGGCCUUGUCAGCGCGUGAAGAGUUCCAGCGAGUCCCCGGGGGCGCGUGCAAGAAACAGCUUGAUGAGCAAGUACGCCGAUUUGGACCACGUGCUGGUGCUCCCCUCAGAGGCCAUGCAAUGGUGCAGGGGCCGUUUCGAGGAGGACAAAAGCCCUCAGGCCCCUGAGGCAGUGUCAAGCGAGUCGAGUUUGAAAGAUGACCUCCAAGAAGUUCUGGCCAACGCAUUGUCACCGCAGCGGACCAUUCGCAUUGAAGCAAUGGGGUCCAGCGCGUCACAGGCAGAUAAUGCAACAGCAUCAAUGCCGAAUGACGCCUCUUGCGAUUCCUUGGCCACACGCCUGGCCCAGCUAAGCCCACAGCAGCGCUUGGCGCUGCAGGAGUUGUUGAAGGUGGCGGAGAAGGUGCCCUCACGGACAGCUAAGUUGCCAGAGACGCCAAAGGAAAAAGGAGCGGAAACUCUGCUGUCGGGCGCGGAAUUUCUUGUGGAUGAACUCCCCAAGGCUUUCUUGGCAAUGCUUGCUGCAGCUGCAGCAUACCCUGAGGAUGUUUUUCUGCUCCGGUCGGAGGCAGUGCGGCAGGGACGGUCCAUGACGAUCCAUUUCCUUUCGAUUCCUUUCGCCUUCAGCCCUUCCAUGCCCUUCCGCACUUUUUUUCAAGGUGAUGAUGGGAUUGAUGGGUGCAUGAUUUUCCUUGACGAUCCCGGGGAUGCUGCCAACUUGGCGCUCGAAUGCCGUUUGGGCACCAAGAUGGGGAAGCAAGGCGAACGCAAGUGUCGCUCCAUGAGUUUCUUCCUAUCUUCGACCUUAAAGCAUUUGCCGGCCGCCGUCUUGGUGAACCGCAGGCCCAAACUGUGGGUCAAAGAGGCAGAUGAUGAUGCCAACUGGUAUAGGUUCCUUGUUGCGAAUAGCUCGGACGUGGGAAGCUUAGGGGUCAUCAAGACCAAGUGUGGACACUUCGAAGAAUCCUUUCGAAGAGCACUGGUGCAUCAGCCAAUCCCUGGUGAAAUGCAGGUGGUCCCAGAUAAAGGGCCAGACGAAGAGGACUGA